GGGCCAAUCGAGAAGCCCGCCGUGCAACCAGCGACGGAAGGGAGGGGGACACAACCACCCUCUUCCACUUCAAUUUGUAAAUAGUUUUUAGUUCUUUGCUCUGAACCACAUCAGUCCAGAGUGUCACCCAUUGUGACCUACAAGUAACCAGGGCCAUCCAUUGUGGCUUACAAGUUGGUCACCCAUUGUGACCUGGUCCUUCGAACCGACGACGCGAUUCACCAGGUUGAAUUGCAUCACAAGAAUAAACCAUCAUUUUUUGGGCCUACAACCGCCACACCAACAUUUUUUGGUCCUACGAGUCGGAUCGUAAUCCAGCGCCAGAAGUAGCAGAUCAGCCAGCCGAAUUAAGGUCAUCCCGUGGAGAAGAGAACGAGCAAGAGUUCGGUGGUGCCAAGGGUAAAGGUAGGCCUUUUUUAUUUAUCAGUUUGGUUUGUGGUUUCUCAUACGCAGCAUUCAUUAAUUAGUUAAAAUGACUCAGGAAGAGUUAAAGGCGUUAAUUAACAAAAGGGGUAUGGUAAAGGCGACAUUGACCAGAAUGAAACAUUUUGUUGACAAUUUUCAACCGGGUAAUAAUGUCUACCAGCUGAAAACGCGUUUACCGCAUAUUCAAAAGGCGUUCACAGAGUUCGAUGACAUUCAAAGGCAAAUAGAACUUUUAGACAAUAGGGUCGAUCAGUCUAAGGAACGCGAGGAAUUUGAAAAUAAGUAUUACGAUUUAGAAUCAGCAGUGCUAGAAAUUAUUGAUACAGAUGUACAAAAUUCGGCAAAUGAACGUAACACGAGUAGUCCCAGUUCAAGUAAACAGAAAGGUUCAGAGGUAAGAUUAAAUCCGGUACGGUUGCCCACAUUGGAUUUACCUGUAUUUUCGGGGUCGUAUUUAGAUUGGCAAGCAUUUUCGGACACAUUCAAGUCGUUGAUUCACGAUAAUGAGUUAUAUACAAAUAUCGAAAAAUUUCAUUAUUUAAGGUCAUGUUUAAAAGGAGGUGCCUAUAAAACAUUAGAGUCGGUAAAGAUUUCGUCAGACAAUUAUCCUAUCGCUUGGAAAACGUUAGAAAAAAGAUACGCGAAUACACGUUUAAUUGUGCAAGAGCAUGUGCUGGCUAUAAUAAAUUCGCCCAAUUUAAUAAAAAAUUCGGCAACGGCAAUGCGCAAAUUACUAGACGAUAUAACAGUUAAUACCGAAGCUUUAAAAAAUUUACAAAUAGAAGUUGAUAAGUGGGAUGCUUUAAUUGUACCGUUAAUUACUUUGAAAUUUGAUUUUAUUACGAAACGCGAUUGGGAAUCCACAUUGGACACAGAAGUAGCGACUUUAACAGAAUUAAUUUGUUUUUUGAGCAAGAAAGCGGCUCUAUUAGAAUCCUUAAAUGUAGGAGAAAAUUAUUCAGUUAAUAAUAAUAAAUUUCAACAUUCGGGUAAAUUUAAGCAUAAUUUACAAGUUUCAAAACAACCACGACCAUCCACUUCAUGUAAUACCACAGUCACAAACGAUAAGGUUUCAAUUCAAUGUUUUUUGUGUAAAGGAGCUCAUACAUUAUACCGUUGUAAUGAAUUUCUUAGUAUGUCAGUAGCCGAUCGAACGAGUACCAUCAAGAAAUUAAAAUUGUGUUUAAAUUGUUUUAAACGAAAUCAUUCAACGGAGCAGUGUAAAAGCGGUACGUGUAGGCAAUGUCAGGAAAAACACAAUUCAUUGUUACAUAGAGAAGGUGACAAUCAACAAAAUAAUUCGAGCACAGAUUCAGGUCAAACAAUUGUUUCCCAUGCAAGACAUAACGCAGAAAAUUCUACACAAGUGUUGCUGUCAACGGUACAAAUAUUCAUUAGAGACUGUUCAAAUAAUUGGGUCAUGUGUAGAGCGUUACUAGAUUCGGGAUCCCAAUCAAACUUUAUAACACAGCUAUUAUGCAAUAAAUUAGGUUUGUCAUCAGCUCAACUUCAUGGAGAAAUAAUAGGUAUCAAUGGUUCAAGGUUUGAUGCACAAAGGCUUACAAAAAUUCACAUUAAAUCAAGAUAUGACAACCAUGAUUUCAAGAUAAGUUGUUUUGUUUUAAGCAAUAUUACACAAAGUUUGCCGUCAAUAUCAUUUGAAAAGAACGACUUGCAGUUACCCUCUAAUUUAAAACUUGCGGACAAUGAAUUUAACAUCCGGUCACCGGUUGAUAUUUUAUUAGGGGCAGAGAUUUUCUGGAAGGCUAUUCGAAUGGGGCAGAUUAAGUUAGGUAAAAAUUCUUUGCAUUUACAAGAAAGUUGCUUUGGAUGGAUAGUGGGUGGUACAAUUAGCACAGGUAGUUUCAUGCAAAAUGGUCUGUGCAAUCUGUCUUUAAGUAACCUAGAUAAACAAGUUAGGGCUUUCUGGGAAACAGAACAAUGGCCAGGGGAAGAAGGUUCUCAGAAUAAUUAUCCAUCGCAGGAAGAUAAGGAUUGUGAAAACCACUUUCUAAAUACCCAUAAACGUGAUCCUUCCUCGGGUCGGUUUAUUGUACGCCUACCUUUUAAGUGUAAUCCGGUUACAAUGGGUAGGUCCGACGAAAUUGCUAGAAAACGGUUUACAACCCUUGAAAAUAAGUUGAAACGCAAUGAAUCACUCAGAAUUCCUUACAAGCAGUUUAUGGACGAAUACUCUGAAUUGAACCACAUGGAACUUAUACCGGGAUCCGAUAGUACCGAAACGUCUGUAUAUCUGCCACAUCAUGCAGUUGUUAAGGAAUCGAGCACGACGACAAAAUUACGGGUAGUAUUCGAUGCAAGCGCAAAAACCUCUAAAAGCACGAGUUUGAAUGAUUUUUUAUCGAUAGGUCCUAAACUUCAGGAUGAUCUUUGCGCCAUCAUUCUUAGAUUCCGUUCACAUCAAUACGUUAUCACGGGUGAUAUAAACAAAAUGUACCGGCAAAUUUUGGUCGCAGCGGAUGAUCGUAAAUAUCAGCGGAUAUUUUGGAGAGACGAUUGCACAAAACCUCUGGACACCUAUCAGUUAAAUACGGUAACUUAUGGUACUGCAUGUGCUCCAUUUUUAGCAGUCCGGUGUUUGAAAGAACUCGCAGAUGAAAAUAAGGUCGCUUAUCCUCACAUUUAUCCUGUUAUCAUACACGACAUGUACAUGGACGAUGUUUUGACAGGAGGCAAUACAAUAGCAGAUGUAUUAAAAUUGCGCGAGGACCUAAUAAAAGUACUAAGUCAGGGUCAAUUUGAGUUGAGAAAAUGGGCAGCAAAUAAUUUGUCACUGUUGACAUGCGAAAGGAAUCUGCCAGAUACGAGCGAGUUUGACAAUGGGGUAAUUAAUUUCGAUAAAAACGGGGAAUCAAAAACGUUAGGAUUAUACUGGAAUUGUCAGGAGGAUUAUUUAAAAUACGAAAUUAACGCAGAUAAUAAGGUCCAGUCAUUGUUAAGGCUAAAUUGA